CACCAGACACAGUUCGGCUUGGAGACAUCGACAUAAGCUUGGCCGAAUUAUCACAGUUUGGUCAGCAAAUCAAAAUCAAAUCAUUCAAGAAGCACCCACAGCAUCGAUUCAGUAGAAAGUACUUUGAUAUUGCGUUGGUUGAGCUUGAACGGGAGGUCCACUUCAACGGGGCCGUUUGUUCUGCCUGUUUGUGGUUGGAGAAGCACGCCCCGUUGGAACCGAUGGAAGCCAUUGGAUUCGGAACAACCGGCUACGGUGAAGAUCUUAGUCCAAAUUUGCUGAAGGCAAAGCUAUCUGAGAUAAGCAAGGAUGAGUGUUUGAAGCGAUUGCCUAAGAAUUUGCGUUCACUCCGGGAUGGACUCGUUGAGGAGCAGCUUUGUGCGGCAAGUGACCAUCAGGACGCCUGUGAGGGCGAUUCCGGAGGUCCACUGCAAGUCGAGCGGGUAGAUGUUACCAAGAUGGUGAUUCCGUUGAUUGUCGGAGUGGUGUCGUUUGGGACUCCUUGUACAAAUGGAUCUACUGGAGUCUAUACAAGAGUUGCUUCCUACAAGGAGUGGAUUGAGCACGAGACUGGGCGGUUGUUUGACUAUUCAAAUCAUCGGAAUGCUCAAGCAGAAAGCGUGUCCAAAGUAAUAUUGAAAGUCCACCAUUUUUCCCAAUCAACCGAGUUGGAUUACUUUGGAAUGCCACCGACUCAAACUACUACCGUUGCGGAGCAACACUAG